AAUAAUUAUAAAUAGUUGCUCAUUUAGUGAGUCAAAUUAUUUUGACUCCCACACUACCUAAAUAGUACAUCUUUAGAUGAAUAUUAUCUCAAUAUGACCAUAAACUGGGGAAAUUGUUUGGUUAUAUAUUAAUUGAUAUAUGCAAAUAUUGUAUAGAAAUAAUAAUAAUAUUUUUGGUCAGCAAUGAAUUUAGAUAAACGUACGUUACCAAAAUGUUUUUUCCAGCAUGCGGUAACUAUAAACAACAUGGCGGAAGACACUAAGGAAAAUGCAGAGUCCCUGUUAGCUGACAUACAGAAGAAGGUCACUGAUGCAUUCGAUAUUUUUGAUCAUGAAUCUAACAAAACUGUAGAUGUAAGAGAAGUAGGAACAAUCAUCAGAUCUUUAGGAUGUUGCCCAAGUGAAGCAGAGCUGCAUGACAUGUUAUCAGAAAUUGAAGAGGAAGAACCUACAGGCUAUAUACGUUUUGAGAAGUUUCUUCCAAUGAUGACACAUGUUCUGAUGGAGAGAAGGUACAAACCAUGCCCUGAAGAUCACCUACUUAGAGCAUUCCAAGUGUUAGACCAAGGAGCUAAGGGAUUUUUAACACAAGAAGAACUAGUAAAAUAUAUGACAGAAGAAGGUGAAAGUUUUACUCAAGAGGAAAUGGAGGAAAUGCUAAGUGCAGCAGUGGACCCAGAGAAGAACCAAGUACUUUACAAGGAAUAUUGUUCACUAAUGUUACCAGAAGAGGCAUAGGAAAGUACAUAUGCACUGUAUAUGAUUGUUUGAGCAAUCAUUUUGUCAGCAAACCAUUGAUAAAAUGUCAUGAUGGUGAUGCUUUAAAGUGUGGAAAUGACAUUGGCAAGGAAUACAUGGAGAUUAAAUGGUAUCUAUAGGAUUUAAGGACAUAGCAUAAUUUGGAAGAACAAUUGAAAGCUUAUUUUUCCAAAACUAUAAACCUUAAUUAAAGUUUAUAAAGGAUUUUUUUUGCCAGAGCAGGGUGACAAUAUAACUCAAAACUUUUAAUUGAUAAGCAGCGUGGUUUCACCUUCAAUCUUUCCAUGGGCUUUCAAUUAGUUGAAAGCCCAUGAUCUUUCCAAAAGAAUAAAUAAGCCAAAAAAUAUUUGUAAUAUGAAAAUAACAAUUAUUUGUAUAUUUAAUAAUGAAUUAAUGUACAUAUGUUCAUUAUGUAUAAUUUUGUAAAUAAAUUAUAUAUACUCGACAAAAUGGUCAA